AUGGAUCCGCAAUCCAUACGAGAUUUGAAGAAAGCGAUAGAUGCGGGAUUCCGCGGGUUUUCACGCGAGUUUGGCGAAGCAAUUGAAAACUUUUUUGAACCUUUGCUGAGGUUUCUCGUUUGGUUUGAAAGACUAUUGAUCGAAUCCCCUUGGCCGUUGAUAAUUUUGAUUUUAGCUGCGCUCGCAUGGUAUGGAUCGCGUAGCAUGAAAGUUGUCGUCGGCUGCAUCUUAUCAUUUAUCGCAAUUGGUUAUCUUGGCAUGUGGAAAGACACUAUGUCCACGUUGGCGAUCAUCUCGGUUGCGACACUAUUGUGUAUUUCCAUUGGCAUUCCAUUAGGAAUUCUGAUGGCCCGUUCAGAUCGUUUACAGGCCGCUAUUACGCCAGUUCUAGACAUCAUGCAGACGAUUCCCGCCUUUGUUUACUUGGUGCCGGUUGUGAUGCUGCUCGGAAUUGGCAAGGUGCCUGGCUUAAUCGCUGUGUGCAUUUAUGCCAUUCCGCCAAUCGUACGAUUAACUAAUCUUGGAAUUCGGUUGGUGGAAAAAGAGGCUCUGGAGGCCGCCGACGCGUUCGGGGCCAGCUACAAGCAGAGGUUGUUCGGGGUGCAGAUCCCACUUGCGCUUCCAAAUAUUUUCGCAGGGUGUCAAUCAGACAAUCAUGAUGGCGCUCUCCAUGGUGGUGAUCGCGUCAAUGAUUGGCGUGGCAGGUCUCGGUGUACCAGUGUUACAGUCCAUCGCAAAUCAGUAUCUGGCCUUGGGGCUGAUGAACGGAUUGGCCAUUGUUGCGUUGGCGAUCAUUUUUGA